AAUUCGGUAGCGUGCAGACCAACACGGUGCGCAAUUCAACACACAACAAUUACAUUUCAUUGAUCUACAUUUUGGGUUGAUUGCUGUUGAAAAUUAAGAAAAAUUUCCAUUGAAACAUCGUCGCAUCAUCGAGAAUGAUGAAGAAAGUUGCAACCCUUGUGAUUCUAUUGGCUGGUGUAUUGGCGUGCAGAGCGCAUGACGCAUAUUCAACCGUAAAUACUGAGGGUUGGAGCACUACACAGUCGACAGCAUCACGUACCAAAAAUUCAUUUUACCUAGAUGCAGCAGCGAACCAAAGCGUAGUCGUGAAUUGGUUGUUGGUUUGUGAAGAUCUGUGCGGAGCCGGCUUCGGCGGCCCGACAUGCGGCAAACACUGCUUCAGCAGUCCAGAAAGUGCAAAGAAUGAGAAAAACAAAUCUGUACACUUAUGUCCAGUCUUGUGUGACUUUGGUCUAGGUGGCAAAAAUUGCGAUUGCGACCAAGAGUCUUCCAAAACUCCAAAAAAUGCUAAAGAACUUUGUACUGCUGUUUGUCAACAUUCCAAUCUAACCAUCAAUGGAUGUUCAAUGUGUUUGUCGGGGUCGCGCGGGUCAGAUCAUACGACUCCGGGUUCCGUUCCAUUUAUGGUCACCGAUUCCGAUCGUACUGGCUCGAAAACCGUACCAUCAAAAUUAUUGAGAGAGGUUAAUCAAGAGACGGCAACAGCCCAUCAUUCACCAAUUACAACAACAACAACAUCACCACCAUUCACGACUAUCGCCACCACACCGGACUGGAGUGUGCUGUGCAUCGAUCUUUGUAAAAAAGGCGAAGGCGGGGCAUUGUGCAAUUGUGAUUUACCUCCAUUAAGGAUGAGUAAUUAGUCAAAUUUUCCUUUCAAAUCAAUUUUUCCAAUUCAAUUCAAAUCAAUUCCAUGUUGAAUUGUAUUUCAUUUUGUUUUUAAUCCGUUCCAUUCCAAAAAAAAAAAAAUCGGAGUUCCAAUAGGAUUGCAUUUAUAAACGUAACUGACUUGUGUUGUUUUGAUUCCAAUGAUUCAAUAUUUUUUCCAAUGUUCUGUUCGUUUCAAAAUUUUGAGGAAAAAGAAAGAAGAAAUUAACUACAUCAAUUCCAUAUCGAGAUGAAAUUUUGAGCAACGUCAGUGACUCCAUUGAUUUGAACAUUUAUGUGAAAGCACACCGGUCCGGUCGAAUGAAGUUACUGUCGUUGGUCAAUUUAGAUAUAAGAUGAAGAAGAAAAAAAAACCUAGUCACAUAAGAGAAACCACAUUUGAUUUUAAUCAAUUUCGGUUUUUUUCUUCUGUUUCUUGAUUUUAAACCGUUUUAAACGAAUUUUUCGGUUUGUUUAAAACACCAAAUGUUUUAAAUGAAAAAAAAAAAACAACAACAACUUAAAGGGCUUCCAUGCAUCAAUUCUAGUCAGUAAUCUAUUCGUUAGGUCAUAAGUUUGCGAUGGUACAUUCGAUGCACGCAUUUCGUGCGCAUUUCAUAAUCGAACCCAUCCGAAAAUAGUGUAAGGUAUAAAACACACGGAGUAGCAUUUUUUUUGGGAGGUUUUCGCACAUCGAAUCACAGUAAAUCCGAUUGAUGUGUGCUAUUAAAGAAAAAUAUCAACCAAAAUAUGAGGACAACAACAACAAGAAAAAUCUCUCAAUUUUAAUGGAAAACAAAUUUAAAAAAAAAAACAAACGAGGAAAGAAAUUCCUUGAAUAUAAUCAUACUGACGCAUUGUUAAUAUGAAAAUCCAAUUGACAUGCUGUGGAUGACAAUAACUAAAAAAUAAUAAUAAUAAUAAUAAUAAUAUUACAUAGUUAAGAGGCAAAAUGAUACAAUACCACUACUAAUCGAAAUGUUAGUAAACAACAACAUAAUAUGCGAUGUUUAGAUGUAACGUAAAUACUAUCAGCUUUGUGUUGUGUAAACUUUGUGCAGUUUGAUCUUUUCAUAGUAUCGAAGUAUCAAAUAUUUGAUGAGAAUAUCUACAUUUUUUCUUUCUUCUUAGUUUGAUCGUAUCUUAGUGAUUGUAAUUGAAUUUAAUGGAAAUGGUAAUGAUUUUAAAAAAAACGGAACAAGCAAGUUGGCCACGAACUUAUUCCAAUAACUAUCAAAUCAUAACCACUACAUACAUAUAUAUAUAUAUACUAUACACAUAAAAAUAAUUAAAAUAACAAAAAAAAAAAACGUAUUAAUCAGUAAUUCAUAUUUUAUCUUUAAUCAACUUAAUACAAAAUAAUAUUGACGAGGAAUUAAUUUCAAUCACACACACAGUGAACAUCAGAAAAAAAACCAAUCGUAAAACUUUCCACAUGAUAUGAAAUAACCAAUGUCAAAAUUCACCAUUCCAAAUCUAUUUAAAAAAAAAAAUACAACAACAGCAAAAAAGCCAAUAAACAUUUUACGUUAGAGCAGCACACAA